AUGGAGGAUCUUGACAACGAUGUUGUCAUGGAUGGUGAGGACCACCACAUGGCAGAGGGCCCGUCCACCGCCAACGGCUUUCUAGAUACCACGACAGGGGAGAGCUCGCUGCAGACAACCAACGGCAACAGCGCAGAUGGCACCAUGCAGGAUGAAGAUCAGGAUGCCGACCCGACAGCAUAUCCCGAACGCCUGCGCCGGCGCGGCCUGCUUCCGACGGGGUGCUGCUAUGAUGACCGCAUGAAGCUGCAUGCCAACGCUGACUUUGGGCCAAAUCCCCAUCACCCAGAGGAUCCUUCUCGGAUCGAAUGCAUCAUGAAGACGUUCAAGCAGGCCGGCCUGGUGUUCACCGGCUCCGAUGCCGAGCUUAUCCGUAUCAUCCAGACGGAGCCCACGAAGUACAUGUGGCGCAUUCCUGCGCGAGCGGCGACGAAGGAGGAGAUCUGCACCGUCCACCAUCCGGCUCACUACAUGUGGGUUGAAGAGCUGUCUCGGAUGUCUACACACGAGCUCCGCAAGCUCUCCAAGGAAAAGGACCAGGGGCGGGACUCGCUGUAUGUCGGCAGCAUGACAUACGAGGCUUCGCUGAUCUCGGCCGGCGGCGCCAUCGAAACCUGCAAGAGCGUGGUUGCCGGCAUCGUCAAGAACGCUUUCGCCGUUAUUCGGCCGCCGGGACACCAUGCCGAGUUCGAUACGCCAAUGGGGUUCUGCCUGUUCAACAACGUGCCCAUCGCUGCCAAGAUCUGCCAGGCCGACUACCCGGACUUGUGCCGCAAGAUCCUCAUCCUCGACUGGGACGUGCACCACGGCAACGGCAUCCAGAACCUCUUCUACGACGACCCGAAUAUCCUCUACAUCUCGCUCCAUGUCUAUCGCAACGGCGAGUUCUACCCCGGCCAGCCGGACAAUCCGAUGACGCCGGACGGCGGUCUCGAGCACUGCGGCGCCGGGCCGGGCCUGGGCAAGAACGUCAACAUCGGCUGGCACGACCAGGGCAUGGGCGACGGCGAGUACAUGGCCGCCUUCCAGAAGAUCGUCAUGCCGAUCGCGCACGAGUUCAACCCGGACCUGGUCAUCAUCUCGGCGGGCUUCGAUGCGGCCGCCGGAGACGAGCUCGGCGCCUGCUUCGUCACGCCCGGCUGCUACGCCCACAUGACGCACAUGCUCAUGUCGCUCGCCGGCGGCAAGGUGGCCGUCUGUCUGGAGGGCGGGUACGACCUCGAGGCCAUCUCCAAGUCGGCCCUGGCCGUGGCGCAGACGCUCAUGGGCGAGCCGCCGCCGAAGAUGGAGAUCCCCCGCAUCAGCCGGGAGGCGGCCAAGGUGCUGGCCAAGGUGCAGGCCUACCAGGCGCCCUACUGGGAGUGCAUGCGGCCCGGCAUCGUCGACGUCCAGGAGCUGCAGGCGCAGGACUCGUCGCGUCUGCACGACGUCGUCCGCUCGGCGCAGCGCCAGGUCCUGUCGCAGAAGCAUGGCAUGCUGCCGCUGUACAUCCAGCGUGAUGUGCUGUUCAAGUCGUUCGAGAACCAGGUGCUGGUGACCAGGGAUAUUCACGCAGCGCGCAAGAUUCUGGUCAUUGUGCACGACCCACCUGAGCUGCAUGCUCAGCCUGACCCGCUAGACAACACGGUCGAGCCGCAUAACGCUUGGGUGACGGACGGCGUCACUCGGUACAUUGACUGGGCCAUCAGCAAGGGCUUCGGCGUUAUCGACGUCAACGUCCCGCACUAUAUCACGCAUCCAGGGGACACUGAGCCCUACAUCCCCGGCGCAGACGAGCGCACGCUGCAGGCGCAGAUUCAAGAGCUGAUGUGCUACAUCUGGGAUAACUACCUGCAGCUCUCCGAAAGCGCCGACGAUAUCUUCCUCAUGGGCGUCGGCAACGCCUACCUCGGGAUCAAGAUGUUGCUGAUUAACAGACUCGACGUCAAGUCCCGUGUCGCGGGCGUAGUCAACUUCGUCAACGGCAGCCUGCGGCCGGUCAAGUCGGACGCCGACGCCGACCUGUCGUCGUGGUACAAGGACAACUCGCAGGUCUACGUCGCCAACGACCACGCCUGCUGGGCCGACCCGGACCUCACCCGCAAGGUCAUGAAGCGCCGCUUCGGCAACGUCAUCCGCAGCCCCGCCAACGGCCUCACGCCCAUGAUGACGGAGCACUUUGCCGACGUGCAGCAGUUCUUUGCGGAUCGCGCGCUCGGUGACGGUGAGGGCGAGGGCGAGGGCGAGGGGGAAGGGGAGGGGGAGGACGUGGGGGGAAAGGUAGAGGGGGGGAUGCGGAUCGGGUAAGUACCUAAGGACCUGCGGUGGCUAGCCUGGGCGAGCCUGCCUGGGCUGUGCUGACCAGGGCGGGUGGCACGGAGUAUAGGAGCCAGUUUUGUUUCUCGGCUGGUUGUUUCCUGGGUCGUGACGGAGGGGAGAGGAGAUGAGGAGUGGUUGACGUAGAGGCAGCGAGUUGUAUACACUGCUAAUGGCCUUGGCUCGCUGCUGGCUGUGAU